AUGACUGGGGGAGGAAAUAUUACUGAGAUCACCGAAUUCAUCCUCCUGGGAUUCUCAGAUUUCCCCAGAAUCACAGCACUGCUCUUCAACAUAUUCCUGCUUAUCUACACCGCACCUCUGACCUGGAACCUGUGCCUCAUUGUUUUAAUAAGGAUGUAUUCCCACCUCCACAGCCCCAUGUAUUUCUUCCUCAGUAAUCUGUCCUUCACAGACCUCUGCUUUAUCUCCACCACAGUUCCCAAUGUGCUUUCUCACUUAUUUAAGGGAGAACAAACUAUCAGCUUUGUGGGCUGCAUAGUUCAGUACUUCUUCUCUUCCACCCUUGCACUGAGUGAAUCUUACCUCAUGACAGCCAUGGCCUAUGACAGGUAUGCUGCUAUUUGUAACCCACUGCUCUAUUCUUCCAUCAUGUCACCCACCCUCUGUGUUCAGAUGGUCAUGGGAAGUUACACAGUUGGACUCACAGGAUCUUUAUCUCAGGUUUGUGCUUUGCUGAAGCUCCACUUCUGUGGACCUAAUGUCAUCAGGCACUUCUUCUGUGACAUAUCCCAGCUUGUACAUCCCUCCUGCACUGGCAAAUUCUUUGCAGAAGUCCUGCUUGUGAUAUUAACAAUGAUGUUUGGGAUAGCGAAUGUAUUAGCUAUCAUGAUAUCAUAUGUUCAUAUCAUCUUCUCUAUCGUGAAGAUCACGUCAGCUAAAGGCAGGUCCAAGGCAUUCAACACCUGUGUUUCUCACCUGACAGCUGUUUCUCUCUUCCAUGGUUCUGGAAUAUUUGUCUAUUUGAGUUCCAGCACUGGUGGCUCCUCCAGCUUUGACAGAUUUACAUCUGUCUUUUACACUGUGAUUAUUCCCCUGGUGAAUCCCUUGAUAUAUAGUCUGAGGAACAAGGAAAUCAAAGACACCGUUAAGAGGUGGCAUAAGAAGACAGGUUGCUACAUUCUGAGAUUACAGAAUCUGAGAUUCUGGUCACAGAUUCUGAGAUUACUAAAAUGUGUCUAG